CCCCCAAAGGGAGAAAAGAAAGGAGAGAAAUCUGAAGGUGCUAAAUCCAUCACAACCAACCUUAAAGAUAAGGCAUUUCCUUUUCUUAGUAGGAUGAGAGAGAGAUUGUCUAUAAUUUGUAUUGCCUACUCACUCACUGAUCUGUGUAUUAUUUUUUCCUUUCUCAUUGCCCAAUAAGGAAAAAGUUGGAGAGAGCAAACCAACAAACAAACAAUCUCCAGCCAAUCAUCCUCUCUUUUAGUGCACCAAUCCACUCUCAUCAUCAUCAUAUUCAUAUAUACAUACAUUGCCCACCCACCAAACAUCUCUCCCUCCCUCACUCUCUCUGAUCUCUGUUCUCUUCAGUCUUCACUCUGUGUGUGUGGGUUGUGUUCGGGCAAAAAUGGGCAGGAAGUGUUCUCACUGCGGGAACAUAGGGCACAACUCCAGGACCUGCAGCAGUUACAGAGCUCUUGUUUCACCUUCUUCAGCUGCUUUUCCUAGCAAUAAUUGUGGGAUUAGGCUCUUUGGAGUCCACCUUGACUUGUCUUCUUCUUCUUCUAAUUCUUCUUCAGCUUCCCCUUCUACUCCUUCUGCUUCUCCUUCUCCUUCUUCCUCCUCCUCCUCCAUUGCCAUUGCCAACAACAUGAAGAAGAGCUUCAGCUUGGCCUCUCUGUCUCCCUCUCAUGUCUCCAACUCCGAUGACAAUAAGAUCCCGGCCGGGUAUCUCUCAGAUGGGCUCGCCGGCAGAUCCCAAGACAAGAGAAAAGGAGUUCCAUGGACAGAGGAAGAGCACAGGACAUUCUUGAUAGGGCUUAAGAGGCUUGGGAGGGGAGAUUGGAGAGGUAUCUCUAAGAACUACGUCACCACCCGGACUCCUACCCAGGUUGCUAGCCACGCCCAGAAGUACUUCCUCCGACAGGCGUGCCUCGACAAGAAGAAGCGCCGCUCCAGCCUCUUCGAUAUGGUAACGAGUAACGACACUACCAGGAAUCAAAAACCCGAUUAUCCUCGUUCUCUAAACCAACAGAACAUCUCGUCCACACUUCCCUUCUUCGGAUCCAUCAGUCCGUUGCAGAAGUUACAUCUCCGUAGGAUCAAACCCGAGCCAUCAAAUGCUGUGGAUCCCGAUCUGGAGCUGAGUCUUGCUGCUCCUCCAGGGCCUUUAGAAGGAAGGAAGAAUGCACCAGCAGCAGCUACUGGGUGUCUCUUUAUUGGUUCAAUUAGGGUGACCUAAUUACAAUUGUGAUGGAGAACAAUCAUAUAUAUGAUAUGUCAUCCAUUUCCAAAACCAAAACCAUUGUUAUGGGCAAAGACAAAUGAUGAUUUUCAAAAAAAAAGAUCGAUCGAUGAGCAUUACUUUGUAGAGAUCAAAGGAUUUGUGCUUCUUGAUA